GCGCCGUUGACAAUGUUUACUAACACGGGCGCAUGCCUGCGAUCUAAGGAUCGAUUAUUUCGCUUUGUCACGCCGUAAUUCGAUUAAUAUCAAUUAAUUAGCAUCCAUCCGCUAUUAUCUGAUCGGUUUGACGUUUGCGGUCAAGUGUUUCAACGCUCGUAAUAUCUAUACAUUUCCAAGUGAUAACCGCACGAACAUAUGUUCCUCUAUCUGUCUUGGAAGCUUAUUGUCGAAGAUACAUUGAUUAUACAACAUUGAAUAUGAGUAAAUUAAAUGGAAUUAAUUUCGCUUUAACUCUAUCUUCAUUUAUUGGUUUGGGGUUAUCUAUUUAUUCGUACUUUAUCGAACAACAAGAUGAAAGUUAUAAAGCGUAUUGUGAUAUAUCCGAUGUUAUAAGUUGUAGUAAAACUUUUAAAUCAAAAUAUGGAACCGGAUUUGGAAUAAUCGAAGAUAUUUUUGGAGAAAACUUUUUUUUAAACAAACCAAAUAGCCUCUUGGGGAUUGUAACAUAUUCUGUGCUAAUAGUUCUUUCACAAUUAAAUAAUAAACCUUCAACAACAUUCCAUUUCAUUUGUAGCAUUUUAUCCGUUAUUUUGAGUGCAUUCUUAGCUUACAUGAUGGUUUUUAAGGUUAAAACAAUUUGUGUUAUAUGUUUAUCUACAUAUGUUGUUAAUAUAAGUAAUUUUUUGUUGUCUAGAACCAAAUUAAAGAUUCUAAGUAAGGAGAAAGUUAAAAGAAUUUAACCAAAGAUUUUUAAUGACUUUUUUAUACUUUUGUAUGUUGUGAUAUAAAAUGUUAA